AUGUUGCUACCUAUUCUCUUCUUCUUACUUAUUGGUGAAGUUGUUUCGAAAAGUUGCAUAGACUCGAAUAGACCCAAAGUUAUCAAGUGUCUAGAGACCUUCCAAAAAGUAGCAGAAGCAGCUGGAGACUAUGACCUUACCAACGCUACAACCACUAAAUCCACCAAUGAAGUGUGCGGGAAAUUCAAAAGAUGUUCUCCGGCAUUCGCAUGUGAAACCGAACAAAAAAUAGUUUACGCUUUGAACAUGACUCUCCUAUUCUGCGAUGCCGCCGGAUUCUUUACAAAUGAAUUCCUGCCAUGUCAGAUUAAAUUAGACUCUAAGACUACAGAAUGUUCGAGAGCUUGGAAUCCAUUUCCAGCUCAGAUUGAGGAUAAGAAGAAGAUGGCUGAGAUUCAGAAGGAGGCUUGCAACAACUAUUUUGGGAAGGAUAACUGUAUGAGAGAAGAAAUUAUUCGAGUGUGUGGAGCCAAGCAAUGGAAUGGGUUUAGGAAGCACCAUCUGGCCCUCAACACCAUCAUUGGAGCUUGCCACUUCAAAGACGAAUAG